UCAGAGAGCAGUCAGAGUGCAGUCAGAGCCUCCUCUCCCCCUCAGCUCGUGUGAAUGUUGGAUGAAUGUUGGAUGAUCAUUGAUCCCGCAGGUCCCGCAGGUUUCCGUCAUGAUCUCUCCGGGCUGCCCGUCCAGCUGAACGGGAGAUCCGUGGAUGUGAUCCGUCCCUGGUGAAGACCUGCCUGCAGCGGGGAUCCGUGGAUACUGUGAAGCCCUGCCCUGGGGAUCCGUGGAGGUUGCAGAGGCUGCAGAGGUUGCAGAGGUUGCAGAGGUUGCGGGUUCGGCUCCAGCAGCAGCCAGCCCGACAGCAGCGCCGGCCGCGCGUCUCCGGAGGGGAUUAUUCCAGGGCUGCAGGGGUCCCUCUUUCUUCCUGCUUGUGCAGAUGAGAAGGCCGUAGUGAUGGGGGGGUCCAAGAGUAAACUCAAAGAUGUGAGCCAACGAACCCGCAGCCUGGACGGCACCCUCAGCUCGGGGGGAGGGGCCGGCAGCAACCUGUACAACGCUGGGCAGCAGACGCUGACGCCCAGCCGCUCCCCCACCGCAGACGCAGCUCUCAGCAGCAACCCGGCCAUGGCCAACACCGCAGAACUGUCCCUGUUUGGAGGCGUGGACAAUAACAGCGUAGCAUCGUCCAACAGAAUCACUCUAGCAGGUGGCGUGACGACAUUUGUGGCGUUGUAUGACUAUGAAUCUCGAACAUCCUCAGAUCUUUCCUUCAGGAAAGGCGAACGCCUCCAAAUAGUCAACAACACGAGGAAAGUGAACUGCAGAGAAGGAGAUUGGUGGCUGGCGCGCUCCCUGACCACCGGAGACAACGGUUAUAUUCCCAGCAAUUACGUGGCUCCAUCCGACUCCAUCCAGGCAGAAGAUGAUCUCAAACUGACGGUAGAGUGCAGGUGGUUCUUUGGUAAAAUUACACGGCGUGAUUCAGAGAGGUUACUGCUUAGUUUAGAGAACAGGAGAGGGACUUUCCUGGUGAGAGAAAGUGAGACCACCAAAGGAGCCUACUGCCUGUCCGUGCUGGACUACGACAACACCAAGGGGCUGAACGUGAAGCACUACAAGAUCAGGAAACUGGACAGCGGAGGCUUCUACAUCACAUCACGCACACAGUUCGGGACUCUACAGCAGCUCGUCAAUCACUAUCACAAGCAUGCUGAUGGACUAUGUCACAGUCUGACGACUAUUUGUCCUGUGCUGAAGCCUCAGACUCAAGGCUUGUCCAAGGACGCCUGGGAGAUCCCUAGAGAGUCCCUCCGUCUGGACCUGAAGCUCGGGCAGGGCUGCUUUGGAGAAGUCUGGAUGGGAACAUGGAACGGUACAACGAGGGUAGCAAUCAAAACCCUGAAGCCCGGCACCAUGUCCCCCGAGGCCUUCCUGCAGGAGGCUCAUGUCAUGAAGAAACUGAGACAUGAGAAGCUGGUGCAGCUCUACGCCGUGGUGUCGGAGGAACCCAUCUACAUCGUUACGGAGUACAUGGGGCAAGGGAGCCUACUGGAUUUCCUGAAAGGGGACAUGGGUAAGAUGCUGCGCCUCCCACAGCUGGUGGACAUGGCCUCACAGAUUGCUGCAGGGAUGGCGUACGUGGAGAGGAUGAACUACGUGCACAGAGACCUCCGAGCCGCUAACAUCCUGGUGGGAGACAACCUGGUCUGCAAAGUGGCAGAUUUUGGUCUGGCCCGCCUCAUUGAAGACAAUGAAUACACGGCCAGGCAAGGUGCCAAGUUCCCCAUCAAGUGGACGGCUCCUGAGGCGGCCCUGUACGGCCGGUUCACCAUCAAGUCCGAUGUCUGGUCGUUUGGAGUUCUGCUCACUGAACUGGCCACCAAAGGCAGAGUGCCCUACCCAGGCAUGGUGAACCGGGAGGUGCUGGACCAGGUGGAGCGCGGUUACAGGAUGCCGUGCCCGGUAGAUUGUCCUGACUCCCUUCAUGAGCUGAUGCUGACCUGCUGGAGGAAAGAGCCCGAGGAAAGACCCACCUUUGAGUAUCUGCAGGGCUUCCUGGAGGAUUACUUCACCUCCACGGAGCCCCAGUACCAGCCGGGGGAGAAUCUGUAACUUCCUAUUCGUUUGCACGUGUCACGGAUAUGCAAAAAUGACCAUGUGCUUUACAGGUGCAUGGGCAAGUAUGUGUCCGACAUGUCCGUCUGCGUGACAGUGCAGAAAACUGAUGUCAUUUUGGGUGUGUUUGAAUGACUUCCACAUAAAAGGAGUGUGAAACCACAGUCUUUCCAAAGUCAAUACCAUUUCAUCCAGCAGAUUUGUCCGAACUGACGGAACUUUUUCAAGGAAGAACUUGAGGUCUUCUGUUUUCCUUUUGCUUUCUAAACAUUUUAAAGAGCAUCAUCAGUGACACCAACUUUCCAAAAAGCAAAUAAGUGUCCUAAAGUUGUGCUAAAAGCAGGCUAUGUGUUUCUGAUGCAUUUUUCUUGAGGGGUCUUGUGAGGGGUCUUGUGUUUUGUCAGGAUCAACAGCAUAAGUGAUACUAUGCUACUACAACAAAGACUAACAGGAGUAAGUGUUGUCCUGCUGGCAGCAGCUCUGCAGAUGUCUCUUAUACUAUAUUUUCUUUGGGAUCCUAUUUUAAAUGCUGAGACUUUAUCCUCCACUUCCAGACUUCAAAAGACACUAUCUGAAACUUCCAGUCAUUUCCCAUGUUAUGGGUUGUGUAUGCGUGUGUUUUUUCUCUUUUUCUUUUCACCUGGAUCAACUGGAUUGUUCAUCCAUCGGGUAGAUAUCUAUUUUCUAAAUACGCCUCACGUGUUGUUCUGUGACCACAGGGACAUUUUCUGUGAGCGUUAUUCCCACCAGUUGGGUAAAUUAGUUUACUGAUGUGGCCAACAUUCUACAUCUACAGAAAGAAGAGAAGGGAGUCGGUUUUUCUAUUUUCUAAUUUUAACUUAUUUUAAUUUUCAUCAGUUCAAGCAAAUAGCUAAUUAUCACUAAAGGCCGUCUCAGGAUGGAAAAAAACGAGAUCUGCUGAAAGGAUUUUUCUACCACUGAAAACCUUUUUUGUAUUCUCUUCCACUGUUGUAGAGUGAAUUUUAACAUUUUUAUGAUACUGAAAUUUGAAUGGUGUUAUUCUUUUUAAAUGAAAGCGCAGCUUUUACAGAUACCUGCACCUGAUUGUGGUACCAGACCCGUCAGCAUGCGUUUAAUGUGCUGAUUUGUUUUUAAGCGCACACAUUAACAUUAGGACCAGUCUUCUUUUUUUUGUCUCCUUUCUACAUCAACUUUCAUUAUUGUUAAGACUUUAUAUGCGCUGGUAUUUCUUUUAAGUACUGCACCUUUGAGUACAAUGUUACACUGGAGAUAUGUGUGGUUAUGUGUGAUAUAUGACGACCAAACCCACUCAGCAUUACUGUACAUCAGAUAGAUUGGCCUCUUGAAACUUAAUUGUAAAUAUUCUGAAUGCUAAUGAUUUUUAUUUGUAUCUCUCUCUCUGUCUCUUUCUCUAUGUAUAUAUAUAUAUAAAUAUAUAUACACAUCUUGUAAUUUAUUCCUAUUCAAAUAAUUCUGUUUUAAGUUUUCCUUCCAGCACCAUUGUUCACACUUGUUUAUAAUACUUUUAAGGUUUCAUUAACAUCUGACGGUAAUGAUAUUUAAUGAAAAUAUAAAUUAUAGAAAGGCUUCCAUUACAAGUAUGUUUAUUUGUGUGCAUAUCUCUGUGGACCUUUUACUCCACUGCAUUUUCAAAAUCACUGAUGGAAAGAGAGAGGAGAGAUUGCACUGUCACUUUUUCCUCUUUUUUUUUUUAAAGAAACAGUUCUGUCUUGCCACUGAUAAUCUGCUGAUGUUGCUCCUCCUGGGAUACAAUCAACACCACAAAUGUUUAAUCCGUUUGUGUGAUCAUUCUCAUUUUGAUGACACGUCAGAGGCUGAAAAUUUAGCAAGUACUCAGGUUGUCGAACAAUUUAGUUUCUUUAAAGUGCACCCGACCACCGUCCUCUGUGUCUGCUCCCUUUGCUUCUGCAGCCGGGGUUUAAUAAUGCACUCCUGAUUUUGAUUAGAUAACCAUGUUUGCGGCAGAUGAUGCAAACGGAAGGGACUUGAUAACUGUGUGGUCCUCAGAGGGAUUUGCCACAGUGAUGAGAGAACAAUGGAUGUUGCUUAGUAGCAGUCGACUGACAUCAUCUGCAUGUUCUGCUCUGAUUGAAUGAUCGGCAAAAAUUUGGCAAAAGUGCAAGAGAAAGGUCAUAAUUGGAAUGCAGCCCUGCUCGUACUUAAGGACAUUUCCUGAGGGGCUCCUUUUUUGGCUAUGCACAAAUACAUACAUUAUAUAUACAGGACUGUCUCAGAAAAUCUGAAUAUUGUGAUAAAGUCCUUUAUUUUCUGUAAUGCAAAAAUGUCAUACAUUCUGGAUUCAUUACAAAUCAACUGAAAUAUUGCAAGCCUUUUAUUAUUUUAAUAUUGCUGAUCAUGGCUUACAGUUUAAGAAAACUCAAAUAUCCUAUCUCAAAGAAUUAGAAUAUUCUGGGAAUCUUAAUCUUAAGCAAUAUUAACAAUAUUCUAAUUUUCUGAGACAGUCCUGUAUAUAUAUAUAUAUAUAUAUAUAUAUAUAUAUAUAUAUAUAUAUAUAUAUAUAUAUACACACAUACAUACACACACACACACACACACACACACAAUAUGAAAUCUGUGAUAUUUCUAUGUAUACUCUUUUCUAGCAUAUUCAGUGGGUACUUUCUCACCAAUAACUCUUUGUUAAAUGACACUAAAUAUUGUUAAAAUUUGAAAAGCUACAUUUGAAUAAAACUUGUAUACUUAUA